AUGGUACCCUGGGGUGGUUGGAAGAAGCCAUACAGCCUGCCGGGGAGCUUCCCACUACACUCUGUGCUCAAGAGCCAGGACACGGAGUUUGUGGACUUUAUCAGCCGCUGCCUCCAAUGGGAUCCAAAUCUUCGGAUGACUCCCACUCAGGCGCUCGCACACAGCUGGCUUCAGGGCAUGGCCGAGGUCCAUGAUCAAGGGGCAGCCACGGCCACAACCAGCACCACCAUUACCACCGCUACCACCACCGCUGCUCGCAGUGUGCAGGGCCGGAUAGCGCUGAGAUCCAGAGAAGAGGGCUCCGGAGAAUACGAUGCAAAGUCUGGAGCCACUGAGCCACGAGUGAAACCGGUGCAGCCCACCUCACUUGCCCAGACCUCUGAAGAGGAAACAGAGGUUGUGGUGGAAAAUGAGGGAGACCAAAAGACUGAGGUGGAGGAGGAAGAGAAAACGGAGGAACAGGAUCAGGAGACAGAGGAGGAGAUGGAUAAGGGGGGAAAUAUGGUGGAGGAAGAGAAGAUGGUGGUGGAGGAGAUGAUGGUGCAGGAGGUUGAGAAGUUAGAGAAUGAGGUGACGGACGUGGAGGAGGAAGAGGAGACGGAGGAGACGGUGGAAGAGGAGCCGGAGGAGGAGGAGGAGCCGGAGGAGGAGCUGGAGGAGGAUAAGCCGGAGGAGACGGAGGAGACGGAGGAGCCGGAUAAGGGGGGAAUUAUGGUAGUGGAGGAGAUGAUGGUGCAGGUGUUUGAGAAGUUGGAGGAGGAAAAGGAGAUGAAGGAAAUGAAUAAGAAGCGAGGGUGCAUGGCUCGUGUGGGGAGAGCAAUACGCUCACUCCUCCGCCGCGUGCUACUGUGCGGUGGCCGGUCCACCCCACAGUAGGGGUGGUAGUGGUGGUGGUCGUACAUUUGUGUAAACCACGACUGCUAUCACCACACCACCCACCCUCCCCCCGUGAUACACAUUUUUAGUCUAUUAGUGUAAAUAUUUUUAGUCUAUUUCUGUAUAUAUUUUGUCUAUUGCUGUACAUAUUUCCUUGGAUACAAUGCAUUUAAUAAA